GAAGGAUACUUGUGUUUGUUCUAUAGCUUUCUUACUUAAGGUAUUUGAAUGUGUGAGGGGGUGUGGGUACGUGUUAGUUUCCAGAACGCUGAGUACGUGUUUGCUCAGUAAUCUCUGGCUGAACCUGUCUGAUAGGUGUGGAGUGGCUGCUGCUUACUUGCACAAGCAUGAAGACAAUUGCAGCGCAGUCUUGAGAGAGGAGAGGAGCCACAGCACCUUCUCUGACAAAGAAACAAGGAGGAAAACUCACACACAUACAAACUCCUGUAAAAGUGGCCGAAGAAACACUGGGAAGGAGGAAAUGCUGUUUUGGAAGGACAAAGGCAGAGAGGAGAAUACUUAAGAAUGUGAAGUAACCCAGAGGAGAUUGUUCUACCACGCUUUGACCAAUGGAUCUGGUAUUCUAAUGUGGCCUUUUAAGCUCUGGGAUGUUCAGGAUGUUGCUGUGUUUCUCAGCAUCACGCUUUAUAUGUGUCACCUAGCUGGAGCCAUCUCAAUCCAUUCCCCCGAGAGGAGCCUCACCAGGUCAGUGCAGGAGAAUGUGUUUUUCUCAGUGGAUGUGACCUGCAUUGGGAUCCCCACCAUACAAUGGACUUUCAUGUCAGGAGCGGUGAGCCGCACCAUAGGGACUUGGCAACCUGGGGUGUACACCAACAUAACGGUAGAUUACAGCAGCAGAGUGCAGCCCUACAACAAUGGCUCUAUGGGCCUGUCAGACCUGCGGCUGCAGGAUGCUGGGUACUACGUGGUCACUGUCACAGAAACAGAGGGGAACAGCAAGGACGCCGGCCUUGUCCUGAAAGUGAAUGAGGUGCUGUAUGAGGAUCUGCAGUACCUUUCUGUCGCGGCCUUAGCGCUGGCCGGUUUGGCUGGCCUGCUUAUGCUGCUCGUGUGGCUAGUUGACAAGCUCUACAGGAAGGUUGUGGCAUGGAGACGCAGGAAACAGAUGCCAGAAAAUGAUGCAACAGAGCUGCAGCCUCUUUGACGGACGUCGAGCUGCGCUUUGUUCACAGUGCAUGAAAACACACCUGACUUUUCAUCAAACCUGUCAGUACAGCAACGACUGCUUUGCAGAAUGCAGGUGUUGUUUCCCUUAAAAAAACAGUCACUUUUUAAUUCAGAAAGUUACACACACUCUGGAAGACUGUCAGUUAUGAAAACCUGUAUACCAAGAAAACCUCUCCUUUGUUUACACUUUGUACUGAACACACAUGCAGUUACAGCUCACUGCUGAGGACUUUGUUUUGAAUGUAAAUACAUCACUCACGACACUGGAAAACAAUACACUUUGUAUUUAUUGCCAAAGCAAGUGAGUCGCGUGAUUCUGUUUGUGUGUGGUCUCUUCA